AGUAUCUUAGCAACCACACGUCUGUCAUGGCGUAGCCUUUCUUUUCUAUUUCAGUAAAUCUGAGCACGACUGCGACAUUUCUUCAAAUCACACAUUCAAAACACAGUUUAUGAUUACAUCUGCUGUCAUUUUGUGUGGAAUACGGAUAGAAGAUGCCUCCAAAGAGGAGAGGACCUCUUCAAAACGUCCAAAGAGAGACAGAUGACAUAAAAAGAAGGGUCGACGAUUUUGUGCAGCAGGCUGGAAAAUUGAGUGCAUCAGACAGGACAGACACCUUAGAGAGGUGCAGAGAGUUACAGCGCACGGUUGAGGGUACUAUGAAGAAUCUAAAGAAAUUAACAAAAGCAGAUGAGCCAGCUCCAGUGGGGAACUAUGACCAAUCUAAGAGGGAAGAGGAGAGGCGUCUGAUGACUCUACAGGAGCGCCUGCAGUCCCUGGCUCUUGAACUACAACCACAGGAUGAAAUGGAUGGCCCUAGUUCAUCCCAUGCAGAGCAAGAGAGUGAGGAGGAAGACAGUGAUGAUGAAGAUGAGAGUUUAGAGGAAGAAGAUGCUGAAGAAGAAGUACAUGAUGAUGAUGAUGCUGGCAGUGGUGAUGAGGAUACAGAUAUCGGUCCAUCUGCAACAGGACAGGGUUCUGUCUCCUAUGUUGCUCUCAGUGUAUUCACUGGAGAGGAGGAGGGGGACCUCAGCAUCCAGAAAGGAGAAGUUUUGAAUGUUCUCUCAAAGAGGAAGGAUGGAUGGUGGCUGGCUCAGAACUCGAAAGGACAGAAGGGUCUGGUGCCCAAAACCUUCCUCAAGGUGUGUCUAAUAUCACAGAUGGAUUCUCAACAGGAAAGUGAGAGGGAUAAUGAUGAUGAGGGGGAGAGUGAGGAAGAGCAUGAGUCUGAGAACCAUGACACAAAGUCCAGUCUUUAUAGAUCUAUAGAUCCAGUCUCUUUUCCAUCUAGCAAAACAUCCAAUUGGAACACAGUUCGGAAGGCUGUUACUGAGAUAGAUGCCACAGAUGUGCUGGCAGCGAUGGGUGCAAUUCCUCCAGGCUUCAGACCCUCCACUCUAUCCAGAUAUCUGGAGGAAGGGACUUCUUACAGGGCAAGUCACUUUAUUCAGCCCAAGCUUAGUCAAUCACAACUCUCCUUUAAAGACCUCCAUCUGGACCCAGACACUGGCAAGGUUCAUGGGCGCCCAUCUCGAGUGAGUUUAACCCUGACCAUUUGGAGCUGUAGAAUGAUCCCACCCCCGGGGGUCGGGUUACAGGUGCUCAGCAGGCAUGUUCGUCUCUGUGCAUUUAAUGGAACCCAGGUUCUGAGUAACAUUCACACUGUCAGAGCCACUUACAACUCAAAGAGCCCAAAGACCUGGAGCUUUUCCCCAAGGAUGACUGGGACCCUGCCCUGUCUACUGGAUGGAGACUGCUUCCUGCGUUGUGACUCUGAAUCUCCUGAUCUCGGGAUUCUGUUUGAAUUGGGCGUAACCUACAUAAGAAAUUCCACAGGGGAGAGAGGAGAUCUCAGCUGUGGCUGGGCCUUCCUUAAACUGUUUGAUGAAAGUGGAGCCCCCAUUGCCCUACGGACUCAAGAGCUCACUAUUCAUGGUGGCACACCAUUUGAGAGAGACACUGAUAUGGAUGCUACAUCCACUAAGAGAGGGAAUCCCACUGGUGUGCUUCAGCAGAUGUUGCUGUCCAGGAAGCAGCCCAAACUCCUUGUUAAGCUCAAAUCAGUAAACACACGCAACAGAGAACUUCUGAAUCUGCUGCCAGACACUAUAGUUGGAAGUUUGUCCACACUACUUCUUCUGGCAAUAUACAGGCAAAUACUUGCUGAUGCUCUUUUACUGGACAGAGUCACCAUGCAGAGUGCAGAUCUGAUCUGCAGUUCAAUUCUAGCUUCCUUUCCUGACGUUCUAGAUCAGCCGGACCUGAUGGAUGCAUUUAGGAAGUCAUGGACAGAAUCAGAGAGUAACCUGAGAAGAUCUGAUAAGAGGGACAUUAAUGUGUUAAAGCAGAUGUUUGUGAGUGUGUACAUGGGCAGUGUGUUUCUAUUGUUGUACUCUGCGGAGAUGCCCGCUCCCUGCUGGGCUGAUGAGGAGGUGGAGUCUCGACGUGCUCGUCUCAUCUACAGCCCUUCCCAAAAAGUCACAGUAGAAACUAUGCUGUCAUCCCAAUACACGCAUCAAGCCUUUGACAUCACACAGGUCACCUAUGACCUCAUCAGCAGUGCCCAGCGCUAAAGACUGACCUGUCACGUGCCACCCUGGUCCUUUUACAGCCAAGUGUCUUGUCGCCAUGAAUCACAAUAUCAAUACCAGUUAUGCCAGAUGAAGGAAAUAAACUGUUCUACAGUCUAAUUAAUCAUAUCUGUUCUAAAGUUCAUGAAACAAAUCUUUGGAAAAUUAUUUUGUUUUUUUAUUUUAAUUUUUAAUUUUAUUUAGAUACUAAAAACACAAAUAAAUAGUUGUAUUGUUAUGACUUUGUUUAAUCUCUCUCACACCCUACCCAGAAAGAUUGCUUAACUCUGAUGGUGAAUCACAUCAUACCAGAGUUGCACAAGUGUGUGGGUUAGUUUUUUUUUUUAUGCUGUUUGAAGGUUUGACAUUGCACAAAUCAGAUAAAUUUUGUAUUUAUUAUUACAUUUAUAAAAUGUGUAUACCCAUACUUUUACAUUUAAAUGAUAAAAUCUUAAUCUAUUUCUGUCCUUACAAACUUCACCAACUAGAUCACUACUGCACUCAUACAGUGAAUUUACAGGUGAAAUAGAGUGUCAGCAGAAAGAAGGUAACAACAGGCAAUACAUAUAAAGCAGCUUUGUAGCACAUUAUAUAAUAUUAUUAUGCAGUAUAUUUUUCAAGCAACCUGACCUACCUCAGUUGAAAUACAUUGCAUUUAGUUAUUCUGUAAAUAUUACAAUGUCUUUGGCAUUGAUGAUGCUGUAUAGUUUUUCCUAAAAUAAAUAAAAAAAAAAAAUGUAAUGCUGCAUCAUGCAUUAUUUACAGGAGGACAACAAUUGAAAGGAAAUCUGAAAAUGUACAGUACAGUCUAUAAUCCUUGUAUUUGCUUUAGAAGUGUUAGUAUUGGGCUGGUUUUGUACUAGUUUUGAUCAGUCAUACAUAUGUGUCUCUUUCUUACUUGGGCUUGUGAAGAGUCCCAUGGCUGCCAGCACCUAAAAUAUUGCUCUAUUUUUAAGUAACACUCCUCCUGAAUAGAACUCCCUCCCUCUUUCGCUCAUGUUCUUUCUCACACAAACACAUAUCUGGUUUAAGUACACACCCCUCUGUCUUUAACACACCUUUCAUUUAAACAUAUUCCACUCCUAUAAACAUCUUGUACACUUAGAAACUCAUUCCCAUAGUCUCUUUUUGUUUCUGGCACACUGCCUCGCCCAGUCAUCCUGAGGUGUGGCAUCAGAAGCUUACAGAAAUGGAGACGUGAAUCACCAUCAAUUGUUUUAAUAUACGUACGGUAUAUAUACACCGUAGUCCUAAUAAGUCGAACAGGUGUGAUAACCCGUAUUACUUCAUUAACUGCUUACACAUGACACAUUCCUUUGCUGUUACUGCUGUUUAUACGUUCUGUAUCUAAAAUGUGUGUCUUGUACACUCGUGAGUCACCAAGCUCCAGCAUCCUCACAAGUGCUUGUUGGCCAGUAAUAGAAUAUAUUCCUAUUUGGAAUAUAGUGGCGCCACAGUGGUGUCAAAAAAAAAAUAACUGCCGUGAUGAAGAGACAGUAUUCCAUGUUUUUGUGGCAUAUUUCAGAAGACGAAAGACAAACAGAGACUAUUUGCUUGACAACAUUUCACAGAAGAGCAGAGCAGCUCAGGUAAUCCCCCCAAUAAUCAAAACAAGCAAGUACUAAUUUUCCCCUCACUGAAUAGGAAGAUACUUUAUAGAGGAAAUGGAAGAACAUUUUAUUUUUAUUUUUUUUUUUUUUUUUUUUUUUUUUCAAAAAGAAAAUUAAAUGCAUUCUUAAGUAAACAUGACAUUUCUACAUGACCUGUGUUUUCAUGUGGGUUGAUAUUGUGUGAGGGCUUGAGCAGAUCUAAAUGUUCCUCCUCAGUUUUCAUAAUUUGUAAAAAAAAAUUAAUAAUAAUAAUAAUAAAAAAUAAUAAAAAAGCUAAAAUGUUAAAAUGAUUAUUUAUUUAUUUUUGUUUGUUUGUUUAUUAAUUUUAUUUUCAAAGAAAGGUUUAUAAAAAAAAAUAUCUGUUAGUUAAGAGACAGUUC